ACCACCAUCACAACUCAGCUUUUGCUGUAAUAGUUCCUCCUCUUUAAAAAGCAAUAACAACACUCCAAGGCUAACAAGAGAGCCAUCUUCAUGGCUUCUUCUUCUCUGCUGACGUUUCCUUCUCUUCAAACACAGUUUUCUUCACCCAAGAAACCAUUAUUAUCUCCGUCCACUAAGACACGCAAACACUCGGUUAGAUUUCGCCCGACCAUCUAUGCUUCAGCGAAACCGCAGAUCACGGGUUCGAAACCCAAAUCGGAGAAGCCUCCAGUGAAAAAAAUUCCCGGCAACUAUGGGUUGCCCUUAAUUGGCCCAAUCAUGGACCGACUUGAUUACUUCUACAAUCAAGGCAAAAACGAUUUUUUCAAAUCAAGAAUCCAGAAGUACCACUCAACGGUGUUUCGAGUCAACAUGCCGCCUGGCCCUUUCAUUGCUCCUAACCCAAACGUCAUCGCUUUGCUCGACGGGAAGAGCUUUCCCAUCCUCUUCGAUUUAACGAAAGUGGAGAAGAAAGAUCUGUUUACCGGAACCUACAUGCCGUCCGUCGAACUCACCGGUGGCUACCGAGUUCUCUCGUAUCUUGAUCCGUCCGAACCGCGCCACGCCAAGCUGAAGAAACUCUUGUUCUUCCUCCUCAAGUCACGCCGCGAUCACGUGAUCCCUGAGUUUGAGACCAGCUACGGCGAGUUAUUUGAAACGCUCGAGAAUGAUCUCAAGACGAAAGGGAAGGCCAGUUUCCCAGAAGCCAACGAUCAAGCCGGUUUCAACUUCUUGGCCCGGGCUCUAUAUGGCUCCAACCCAGCGGAUACGAAACUCGGGCUUGAUGGACCGACGUUGGUUAGCAAGUGGGUAUUGUUUCAAAUCGGUCCUCAACUCACUGUCGGCCUCCCGAAGUUUCUAGAGGAACUCCUCAUCCACACUUUCCCUCUUCCCCCUUUCCUGGUGAAAUCUGAUUACCAGCGGCUCUACGAUUUCUUCUACGAGUCGUCCGGAUUCGUCCUCGAUGAAGCCGAGAAAUUGGGCAUAUCGAGAGAAGAUGCUUGCCACAACCUGUUGUUCGCCACGUGCUUCAAUUCAUUCGGCGGGAUUAAAAUCCUCUUCCCCAACAUGAUGAAGUGGAUCGGCAGAGCCGGAGCGAAGCUCCAUACGGAGCUGGCCCAGGAGAUCAGAUCGGUGAUCAAAUCCAACGGCGGGAAAGUCACAAUGGCCGCCAUGGAACAGAUGCCGUUGAUGAAAUCAGUGGUGUACGAAGCGCUCCGCAUCGAACCGCCUGUGGCGCAGCAGUACGGGAGGGCGAAGCGAGACCUCUUGGUCGAAAGCCACGACGCCAUUUUUGAAGUGAAAGAAGGGGAACUGUUAUUCGGGUUCCAACCCUUCGCCACAAAGGACCCGAAAAUAUUCGAGAGACCCGAGGAGUUCGUGGGCGACCGGUUCGUUGGAGACGGGGAGAGAUUGUUAAAGCACGUGCUUUGGUCUAACGGACCGGAGACUGAGAACCCAACAUUAGGGAAUAAACAGUGUGCUGGGAAGGAUUUCGUUGUACUGUUAUCAAGGCUUUUGGUGGUGGAACUUUUCCGACGGUAUGACUCUUUCGACGUCGAGGUGGGUGUGUCGGCGUUGGGGGCAGCCGUCACAAUAACGUCGUUGAAGAGAGCCAGUUUUUAAAAAAAAUGAAAGAGUAAAUCUGGGAUGUAACGUGGGUUUAACUGCUAAAUUAAAUGUGGUAGUUGGUGUGUGGGCCCAUUACUUUAUUUUAAUUGUAUGUAUAUACACUGCACCCUGGAAGGUGGCCCAUUUUGGCGCUGUCACAUAUUUUAAGAAGGGUGAUGUUAUAUGAUAAUUUUUGUAUUUUUUUAUAUAUAAUUUUUAUGUGGUUAAAUGAGUAAAUGGGUUUAAGAUAA